AACUCAAGGAAAAAGAUAAUUUUGUCACUAUGAUUCAAGUUAGCAGACAAAUGUUAGCCAGCAUUUUAAAGGCGAAGCAAUUAUACCACCCUUCAAAAUGCACUUGUAAAAAAAAUUUCUUCAAUAUAUCAAGGCAAUUCAGUGGCACAGCACAAGUUAAAUUGAAUAUGUGCUCGUUAAAAUCAAGGAGUUUGGUUGAACUCAAAGGGCGAGAUACAACAGAUCUACUACAAGGUUUAAUAACUAGUGAUGUUACAUUGUUAAAUGAUAAAAAAUUAUCUCAAUACUCCAUGAUGUUAAAUGUUCAGGGUCGUGUUUUAUAUGAUCUAUUGUUAUAUUAUAUACCAAGUGAAACAUGUGAUGAAAACACACUUCCAUCUACUGUUUGGAUAGAAUGUGAUAGUCAAAUUAAAGAUGAACUGAUUCAAACUAUCAAAAAAUAUAAAAUUAGAAAAAAGGUUACCAUUAGUGAUAUUAGUAAAGAUUUCAACAUUUAUACCUCACAGAGUCUACCAGCUGUACCUAAUACUAAUAUAAGACUAGCUACAGUUGACCCCAGAAUACCAGAAUUAGGUUACAGAGUUUUGGUUACGAGUGACUAUAGUACAGAUGACAGUAUUAAUAUAGAAGAUGAAGUGAAAUAUAGAGAAUUACGAUAUAGAUUAGGAAUUGGUGAAGGAAUUGUUGAUAUACCUCCUGGUAACUCUUUCCCAUUAGAGAGUAACUUAGUGUUUUUAAAGGGAGUUAGUUUUGAUAAAGGUUGUUAUAUAGGACAAGAAUUAACAGCUCGUACAUAUCAUACUGGUGUAACAAGAAAACGUCUCAUGCCUUUAGUCUUUCACAGCGAUAAAGUGGAUAUAGAGGCAGGAAUGAAUAUAACAUCAGAGAAAGGAAAAUCUGUAGGUAAAUUUAGAAAUAGUGUAAAUCAAUAUGGACUAGGAUUAAUGCGUGUAGCUGAAGCUAAGGGAGAACUAACUGUAGUUGAUAAAAAUGGACAGAAACUAGUUUGUACAACAGAUGUACCAUCAUGGUGGCCCAGUGAAAAUCAUGAUUUGUGAUAUGAUAAAUGAUAUGUGCAUUAAUUUGAAUUAAAUCCAUCUGAAUUUUAUACAAGACUCUCCUUUUCUAAGAGAACUUUGGAUGCUUGAAGUUUGUUAAAGGAACGAGUUAGCUUGAGGUAUGUUUGAAAGAACAUUUCUAGUACUCUUGAAGACUAUUUAAAUAUAUUUAAGAUUCAAAUACUGAUAUUUGAUUGAAGGUUUAAAAUUUGGUGAAAUUCCUUGAUUGUAAUAAAGCAAAUCAUUUCUCUUUU